AUGUUGAGGUGUUACUUUUCUAAAAACAAUUUCAACAAUUUGAUUCGCAAACUUAAUAAAUUAACUAGAAAGAAAUUUGUUUUGAAUCUGAAGGAAAAAGAAUUAUCUAGAAAGGAGAGGUUACUGAAAUGUAAAAAUCACAGAGGGAAAGCAGAAGCAGAAUUAGCAAGAUCAAAAAAGAAAUCACUACUUGAUGCAGAUGAAGAAAGAGAUAAAAACAAUAAAUGCAAAACAAGCAAGUCGUACACUAAAGAAAAAAGGAAAGCAUCUACUUGUAAAGAUUCUAUGUUAUCCCUGAAACAUCCCCAUUUGCAUAUUAGCGAGCUAUUGAAAUAUCCGUGUACAUGUAGUUCAAUUAAACCUGGACGAAACCGUGUUCUUAAAAAUAAAUCAGAGUCAUGCUUUAACAGCAUAUUUCGAGGUCCAUGUGGUUGUAAAUCUGUCAAAAGACACCCAAAUGAGUCACUUUUUAAAAUAAUGUUCCCAAUACAUCCUUGUAGAUGUCAUAAACAGUCAGAUAUGCGUAGGAGCAAGUUAUCUGGGGCGGCCGGCGAUUGUUACUUGAUGUCGCUUCGAAAGACACCCCAGCCGUGGAUCUAUCAUCGCUGGCCGCAGUUCUACCCUCACUAUCUGAGUGCUCUGCAUCAAUGGAAAAAUCUCGGUCAUGUGCUAUUGUUUCUAACCGGUAAGCCCCUAAAACGUUCCAAUAACAAAACAAUAUUAAAGAAACAAUUAUGUAUUGAUAAUUUUUCUAAGUUGUGUCUGACUAGAAAUAAUUAUAAUAAUAAAAAAAGUACACUUCGACCCAAAGUUAAGAAACAACAUCAAAAAUGUCGAAGGAAUAACAACAUUAAUAUUCUCUAUUCUCGUCAAACACCGAGUUUAACAAUGAAAAAUAAUAAGCACGAAUCGGGCAAUGAAACAAAAUCACCAUGUAGCAUAUUGAGUUUCCAAAGUAAUUUUCGUAAAGUUAAUCCAAAUCUAUUGUGUCAGACUUACAGUAAUAACUACCGCUUUACUAAAGUCAGAAGGAAGAAAAAGAAAGCAGACUGCAUCAAUUGCCACGGUUACAAAAGUUCUCUUUUAGACAAAUUAAGAAAAAGUAAGUCUGAAGCUGAUAUAACAUAUAAUACGUGUAGCAGCCAUUAUAACUUAGUGGGGUGUCUCCAAUCUAAUAACAAACAAAAAUACAAUCAGAAUGGUGGAAGACACUCGUGUGUUUGCGAACAUUAUGAAUCUAAAGAUCGGCAAGUACUAGAAAAAUUAAUUCAAUCCAAUACUAAAUGUAACUCAUGUGAUGCAAUCGCAGUUAAAAGUAGCAUUUUACUGAAUUCCACUCAAAUAAAUUAUCCAAACUUGUACAAUACACGUGAAACGAAGUGUUCUUAUAGUAAAUCUAACAUAACACGUUGUUUUUCCACUUCAAAAAUAGCAUUCAAAUAUUUAAUAAUUAUUAUUACUUUUAUAGUAUGGUCUCCAUGUAUUGUCGCUAUAUUAUUGUCUUGGUUGAUAAAUUAUUUAAUGAGACCUAAUUGCACAACAUUAGAAAAAACGGAGUAUAAGCAAGACUGUCUGUGUACUCCGAAUUUAAAAAAAUAUGUCGUGCAGUUUCUAAAUCAAUGUAAAAAUAAUUAUCUAAAUGUAGUAAUAGACACUGUGGAAAAGAAGGGUCACUCCAUUGUUUCUUCGUUAAAUAACGGCCAACAGCUCUGUGAUGAAUAUUCGGAGUCAAUACAUAAAUGCAAUAUUAAAAAGAUCAUUCCGAAAAAAUCGUAUUCAUGUUCGCGCUUACCAUAUCAACCGAAUUUACGCCCAAAUCCAAAUAAAAGGUAUACUUUGCAAUAUGAAGAUGACAAAGGAUGGGUAAUAAAACCAAUAGUCGGAUCAGGCGACCAUAACUUCUCAUGUCGAACAGAAGUUGUUCAACACGUAAAGAGUUGUCAAUGUCCACCUAAGCCCAGAAAUAAAAAGUUUGUGAAAUUUGAUCAAUGUACAACUUCAGUUCAGAAGGGACAAAACAACACUAAAAUAAGUCGUCAGCAAAGCCUAUGUGAGUGUUCACGUACACCUUCAUUGCGAAAUAUUAAACGUAAAACGAAAAUUGAACAUAAAAAAGAAAUUUGUAACAUUUCUGGCAAACUGGAUGCAAGACCAUUACAAUUUGAUUGUAAUGAUGAAAAUCCUCCCGCUAAUACGACUACAGUUGCAGAAACUUCUGUAAAAUCAUCUACAAAUAAAACCACUUCUAAGCGAGAGCUAAUUUCUAAACUUGUACCUAAAGAAACUAGCUCUAUAAAUGCUAAGAAACUCAAUCGGUCCAGCAAAUGCAAUAUCAUAAAGCCCAAUUCAAAUUUACAUUACCAACCCGUACCAUCUUAUCGUCGUCCGUAUUUUCAUAAGAAAACGCAAAAGUCUUUUAAUCCUGACGCAGUACGGUAUUUACAACACUGCAAAGUUAAUAAAAAGAAAAAAGACAAAUGCUGUCGACCGUCAUUUAGAAGUAGACUAUGUUAUCUAUGCCAGACUUUCGGUCGUGAUUUCAAAAAGGCUGUGAGUGAUGCAGAAACUGCAGCUUGGGGUGAUGGUGUGGAAUGUGAGAAUUUAUACAAUACAGCUUACGAAGCAAGCCGCUUGGUGGUUGAAAUAGAAGAGACUGAGGUACCUACUUAG